AUGUCGUCUUCGUCGCAGGUCACUGAGUCGUGGAUCGCGUCCUUCUGCGGGCUCUUGGGCCACGAGUACUUUGCUGAGGUCUCUGAGGACUUCAUCGAGGAUGACUUCAAUCUGACGGGCCUACAAUCGCAAGUGCCCAUGUACAAGGAAGCCUUGGAGAUGAUCCUAGACGUGGAGCCCGAGGAUGACGAAGACGAGGAAGAGGAGGAAGAAGAAGAGGACGAGGAAGACGAGAUAUUGGGCGAUGAGAGGGCCCCAGGCUACCGGAGGGCAGGCGACCGAAGACAUCUUCGGAUAGCGUCUGACCUUAGUGUGAUAGAGAGUUCUGCUGAGCUACUCUAUGGACUCAUACAUCAGCGUUACAUCACCUCACGACCAGGUAUACAACAGAUGGCCGAGAAGUACGAGCUUCAACAUUUCGGUACCUGUCCACGCGUAAACUGCAACUCGUGCAAAGUACUUCCUGUAGGCCUCAACGAUAGCCCCGGCCACGAGACUGUCAAGCUCUUCUGCCCGUCCUGCUUGGAUGUUUACACCCCGCCCAACUCGCGUUUUCAGACCGUCGAUGGAGCCUUCUUUGGCACCACAUUCCCCUCGCUCUUCUUCAUGACAUUCACCGAUCUCGAUAUCGGCGGCGGUCUGCGCAACAACACAUCAAACACCAUCGAUGCGUUACAGCAACUACAAUCACAGAGCGCCGACGGAAAGGCGAGAAAUACCACCCCUUCGAAUGUCACGUCCAUCAACGGAGUCGCGCCGCACAAUCUCGCACCUGGUCUUGGUACAGGCAGCAUAUACGAGCCACGCAUCUACGGUUUCCGCGUCAGCGAACGCGCACGAUCGGGCCCUCGAAUGAAGUGGCUACGAAUGCGGCCUACAGAUGUCACCGAGCUUGAUGAAAUGAGGCGGUAUUGGGAAGAACACGAUGAGGACGCAGAUCGGCCAGAUGACGACGAUCUCAAUAUGGUUGAUGUAGCAGAAGGCGGAAAAGGCACGCCGGUAGAUCGAAGGAAAAAGGCUAUCCGAACACGGCGACGACCGACAAACGGAUCGAAUGCCGCAGGAGGUAGCCCGAUGGACACAAACGGUGUUGGCGCAGCUGCAGGCUAG